GACGUGCAUUUUCAUCAUCAAUUGAUUAAUUAGGGUUUCGAACUUCCUCCAAAUAAAAGGGCCAAAGUUUAUUCUUUAUUUUUUUUCUUAUUUCAUCCACAAAAAGAAAUUAUUUUCAGAGCCGCAGCUUCGUCUUAGCCUCAGUUGGUAUUUUUGGAUUUGGGUGGGCAGAGAUGGCGAAGUCAAAGAAUCACACCGCUCACAACCAAUCUUACAAGGCUCACAAGAAUGGAAUCAAGAAACCCAAAAGGCAUCGCCACACUUCCACCAAAGGGAUGGAUCCAAAGUUCUUGAGGAACCAAAGGUAUGCAAGGAAGCACAACAAGAAAAACGGAGAGUCUGCGAAUGAAGAAGAGUAAACUUUUAUUGGCAUAAGAUCUAUCUUUGAUCAGUGUUUUCGCAAUGGAAUUGAGCUUUUGUUCUUCAACUAUAUCCGACUUUUAGUUGUAUUUUUGUUUUGGGAUUUUUUAUUUUCAUUGGUAGAAGAGAUUUGACGCUAUGAGCUUAUUAAUAUCAAGAACAUGUUGAGUUUCGGCUGC